AUGUUGUGGUUGCGCCAGUUUUCGCGGUUCUGCAGUUCCACAUCGCCGUCUUCGAAAGAACUGUUGUUGAAGCUGCGAAAGAAGACCGGUUUUUCCUACAUCAAUUGUAAAAAAGCAUUGGACAGUUGUAACCGAGACUUGGAAAAAGCUGAAAAAUGGCUAGCGGAAAAGGCCAAGGAACUAGGUUGGCAGAAGGCGGCGAAACUGGCCGACAGGAAAACGACCCAGGGCUUAAUUGGCGUGUACGCUAAGGAUAACUUGGGAACUUUCGUCGAAGUGAGUCCUUGUUGUUGCUGA